AGUGAGUGAGUGUGUGGGGUUUGUUAGUUGCUUGGAGGCUACUCCGGCUGCCUUCGAUCGCACACUCCAGAGCUCUGUUAGGGUUUCCCGUUCGGAGCCUGGUUUGGGAGGGAGCGGAGAUUGAAUUGGACAAUUCAGGAGCCCUAAACCCACGGUUGUGUUUUGUUUUUGUUUUUGUGUUGUUUUUCUUUUUGGUGCUCGGUUGAUAGGAGCUGGGAGUAAUGGCGCGAUACGAUAGAGCAAUUACUGUGUUCUCGCCUGAUGGUCAUCUCUUCCAGGUAGAGUAUGCUUUGGAAGCUGUGAGAAAGGGAAAUGCAGCAGUCGGGGUGCGAGGCACUGACACCAUUGUGUUGGGCGUGGAGAAGAAAUCCACUACUAAGUUGCAAGAUGCCCGCACCGUGUGGAAGAUCUUGAGAUUAGAUGAGCAUGUAUCGCUCGCCUUUGCAGGCCUCACUGCCGAUGCUCGCGUCCUCGUCAACCGUGCUCGAAUUGAGUGUCAAAGCCAUCGUCUGACAGUAGAAGAUCCUGUGACUGUCGAAUACAUCACCUGCUUCAUCGCUGGAUUACAGCAAAAGUACACUCAAAGUGGCGGAGUGCGUCCCUUUGGCAUUUCCACACUGAUCGCGGGGUUUGAUCCUUGCACGGGCGUACCUGCCCUCUACCAAACCGAUCCCUCUGGAACCUUCUCAGCUUGGAAAGCCAAUGCUACGGGCCAUAACUCAAAUUCUGUCCGUGAGUUUCUGGAAAAGAAUCACACCGAGACAUCAGGCGCUGAGACUGUCAAACUAGCCGUCCGAGCGCUUCUUGAGGUGGUAGAGAGCGGUGGUAAAAACAUCGAAAUAGCAGUAAUGACCAAGAACAAGGGCUUGCGUUUGCUAGAUGAAGCAGAGGUUGAGGAGAUUGUGGCUGGUAUAGAAGCUGAGAAGAUUGCUGCUGAAGCAGCUAAGAAGGGCCCUCCUCGUGAUCAGUAGGCUACAGGUUAUAUUGCUCAUAGAGAGGCUUAUUUUCCGAGAGCGUCGUCCAGGUUAAAGCUUACUUUUAGAAUCAUUUCAGUUGGUCGAUGAAGUCCACCCCAGUUUAUGUAAAAUGCAAGUUCUGACUUACACUCAAGUGUAUGUGACGUGCUCCACACAAAUCAUGACGUCAAUAUUUGUAACCUUUCAUUUGGGACGAACGCCUUGUACACUACUUUAUGAUACAGAUGGCACUGAAGCCAAUAUAAUUUCGAGUC